AUUUGGGUAAUUCGACGAACCGCAUGCGCAAUAGCCUAGUCAGAAAUUCGGAAUUCCCAAAUUCGGAAUGAAAAUGGAUUUUCAAAUUGAAAGGGUCUGUGCAUUAAAAUGGAAAAUCUCAAUCUUCUAUACAGACAUACGGAUCCUACUCCUCUUAGUACACAUAGUUCAUGGACGAGAAAAUUUCUACCCGGUUAAGUCCUGCACCGACAUCACGCUGGCACAAAUCCCAGAGGAGGUGUAUCAGAAAUGUCUAGAAAAUGACCGGGUCAUUCACUGUUUGCCAGAUGACGACGACGUGUUGGGACUUAGCUGUUUCUCUAUUGUCUGGAUAGGAAAAGGUAUGUGUCCGUAUUACAACAAGUAUCAAGGAAACAUGGAUGUGAAGCCAUGUACAGGGGAUGCUAAUCUUUGCCCUCCAAAACUGUUCAAGUCUCCAUCGUCUGUCUUAUACAAAGGCUGUUACAUAAAAGAACCAACAACAACAAGAGCGACACCUACCAUAGCAACGACAACAACCAUAGCAACGACAACACAGUCAGUGUCGACUGAAAGCAGAGAUUCAAACCAUUCAACCCAUGCACCAAUGUGUGGAAUCUCACAUAAUGAAUCCAUGUUGGAAAUGAAUUCCUGUUCAACAGAAACUGGUUUUUUGAUUUUCUUUAUCAUCACUACUGUCUCUCUCGGUAUGGUUAUCGCUGUGUUGAAGAUACAGAGAUUAAACAAGUUCUGCAGAAAUAUAGCGAAAAGCUGCAGAAAAGAACAUCCAAAAGACAAAUAUGGUGGAGAAAGUAUGAAUGGUGGAGAAAAUAUAAAUAGUGGAGAAAAUAAACCAAUGGCGGAAGGGAACAACGAUGCAAACGCUUGAAAGCAACUUGGAAUCAUUCUUUCAAAGAAAUUGAAUGCUGACUUUGGAAGUUCAUGGUAUAUCACAAAUUAUAGUUGUCAGCUAAUUCUUGCUGCAUGAUUGGACCGUCUUUAGUCAUUUUCUCUUUACGUGUUGCGUUUCCAACAACUGGAAGAGUCGGGGGAAAGCUUGUUGAUACAUCAUAUAACGAACCUCAAUCAGUGGUAGCUAGGUGUGGAAGAUAUUACCGGUGUUGCGAUUCCCCUUUAGUCAAUUUUGCCAUUUGUCUGUUCUUUACUCCUCCUCUUUGGUACAUCUUCCGGUCACAACCCCUCUUUGACGAUUUCCAUGAUCCACUCCUGUUUGUAAUUAUAAACUUUAAUGGAGAGAGUGAAAGUGCAAGAUAACAGGCGGACACUCUGGAAAUUAUACAGCUUCUGUAGCUAUAAAUACAGAUUAUUUUAUAUGUACAUUUCUCUGUAAUGUUGUUGACCUCUUGAUAUGCAUUUAAUAUAGUAUACUAGCUAUACCAGUACAUUUAUAUGAUCUAUUUUGUGGCCACUCGAUUAUCAUUUAUAUCUGAAUAAAUCCAAUGGUCAAACGCAUAUUUAUCAAAAAACAAAUAAAAAAAAAUCUUCAUUAAAUAGAUUUCAUCUUUUUUAUAAACAUAUUUUGACCUCUAUACAUUUGUCAUUGAUAUUAAAUCUUCAGAAAAUGUUGAUCGAGAAUUUAGGCUGUGCACUAUAAAUUUUGUCAAUAUUACCUACAAUAAGAAAUGUAUAACAAAUCUAUAACAUGAUUGUGUUAAGUUAUAGAUAUCAUAAUUCUUCAUUUCUAUAAUAAUUACACUGUAUUUAAGUCGUACAUCAUUUUAUUUAAUUUGUGCAAUUACAUACUUGUAUAUAUGUACAGUCUUUACAAUGUAGAAUACCGGUGCCCUUUAGUAUUUGUAUAUGUUAAUAUGUAUUUAUAAUGGUUCACUAUUUUGCGGAGUUUAAUUUAUUCACAUUAUUUUAUACAUGCAAACGUUCACUACAGUGUUACUAUUUUUAUGUCUCCACUCUUUCAGGGGGAGAUAUGUUAUUUUUGUACUUUCUUUCCGUCCAUCUGUCACAAAAUCUUGUGAACGCUUCUCCUCCUAUAUGGCUUACUGGAUAAACUUGAAACUUUGUACAAUGCUUCAUUUCCAUUUACAGAUGUGCAUAUUGUAGGGACAGGAGGAUCCGAUGAUUUUAAUGAAAGUAAUUGUGAAUCUAAUAGGAGUGGAGGGUAUAAAUAGCUUGUGAACUCUUCUCCUAUAUGGCUUAUCUGAUAGACUUGAAAUUUUGUACAAUGCUUCAAUGUCAAUUGCAGAUGUGCAUAUUGUAGGGACAGGAGGAUCCAAUUGUUAUUUCUAAAAUUAUAGUGGAUCUGAGGGAUGGGGGUGUAAAAUUGUUUAUGAACUCUUCUCCUUUUUUACCCGAGUUCAUAAUGGCUUUGUUCCUGUUCAUGCUUUCUCCUCCAUAUCAUGCAGUGCAUUAAGGGGAGAAGGUUUCAUUUGGAGAGCUGGGGAGACAUUUAUUUUUCAUAACAACAAUCUCUUUUACUAUGAAAAUGUUCAUGAUAUGCGGAACAAAUUAGUGUUUUAAUUGUUUUGUUCAAUUUCUCAAUAUUAGCGAACUAAGCUUGUUUUAACGUUGUAUGUUCCGAAUUUCGACAAAUAUAAUCCACCUUGUAAAAGCACUUGAAUGAUCGCACGUACGUAUGUAGGAGGUUACAUGACAUGUCAUUUAUUAUUUCAAUUGUUUUAACCAGAAUUAUUUGGUUUUAAAUGGGUGUUUUUGAACAACUGUCACUCGGCCAUUUCUAUUGCAUGUUCAGAAAACAAAUGAAGUAACAGUCGCAUGUGCUGUGCAGACUUGCAGAGAUAAGAUCAUCGAUGGUCUUAUCUGUGUGUAGUUUGUAGCUACAGUACCUUGAAAGGUGAAUAUCAAUGUCAUAACUCCCAUAAGCAUAGUACCAUGCCAUGAUUGUAAGAGAAAUAAAAGUAUCAAAUACC